CGUGAAUACGGAAUGUACGAGUUGCGCAUGUACAUUGCGCAAUAUCCGAGAGCGGUGCAGUCUGGGCUUCUGCUGCACAACACAGAGCUGGCGUAACUGGCUAGCUAGCUGACCACUUGAAAUGGACGUGUUCUUAAUGAUCCGGCGUCACAAGACCACAAUCUUCACCGAUGCCAAGGAGUCCACUACUGUCUAUGAGCUGAAGCGUAUUGUCGAGGGAAUACUUAAAAGACCACCCGAGGACCAACGACUCUACAAAGAUGAUCAGCUGCUAGAGGAUAGCAAAACUCUGGGUGACUCUGGAUUCACCAACCAGACUGCCAGACCUCAAGCCCCAGCUACAGUCGGUCUGGCAUUUCGUAUUAAUGAUGAGAUGUUUGAGCAGCUGCACAUCGAGGCCUUUUCCAGCCCCCCGGAACUCCCUGAUGUGAUGAAGCCUCAGGACUCUGGUAGCACUGCUAAUGAACAGGCAGUGCAGUGAUGGCAGAGGCAGGAAGCGAGCAUCGGCGGGGAGGAUGGAAGUGGCAGUGUGCAGAUUAACUGCGGUGAAGAAGUAGUGGGGUGGAGGAUGUGUAAAAUAGUUUCAUUUGAUUGGAUGGGGACGUUUUAGGUAACCAAGCCUAUCCAUGUUACCUUCAUGUUGUCAUCUCGACAUCCCCCCACAGGUUUUUGUUUGUUUGUUUGUUUUUUUAACUCUAUUGAUUUCCACAUCACAUGCAGUUCAGCUCCUUGAAUUUGGUCCUAAGCACCGAGUGAAGAAGUUGGUUUGGAAAGUGUGAUUGUGUGUAUGCGUGCGCGUGUGUGUAUGUGUUGAGUUAUUCUAAUUAUUAUCAUUAAUAUUUUGGAAAAGGUGGAGGCGUAGUUGUGUGUCACAGUGCUCUAGAAUUAACAUGCAUGGGUAAGAGUCCAGUGUGUGAAUCAGCAAAUGCAUGAACAAACUCAAAACAAAGGCUUUACAUUCACAGAAGCAGAUAGAUCUACCACUGAUUCGUUUCUCUGGUCUGAUUCCCACUUUUCGUUGUACAUUUCUGAUUCGAUCGUAAACCAGGAAGAAUGUCUGUAAGAUAGUUGAGUUCAUUUUUGUUUUCGUCAUCAUUUUAUCAUCAUCAUGUUUCUUCGGUUUGUUUCACGCGUUAGUCCCUUGUUGUGUUUCAUGCACUGAGACCAAAGGCAGGUACCUCUUGGACAGCAGAGGGAUUAUUUUUCUUCUUCUUUAGUUGUUUGGUCGAAGGAUAUUCUGUCUGUGACAUACAGUAUAUACACAGGAGGAGCGUUUCUUGUGUUAAACUUUUCAUUUUGUAAAUGCACACAUCACAAGUCACCAACACUUACGUGGCAUCUUCCCCUUAUUACACAUGCAUAGCCUGUAACUGUGAUCUUGCUUAAUUAAAAGUUUUUCCUGUUUGGUUUUUUA